AUGGGCUCAACUCAUCCCAUUGUCCUCGUUUUUGGGGACCUCACAGACGCAUGGAUUGGUGGCAUGGACUAUGUCUUUAGCCAAGCCUCAACGACGCCAUGGGUCCAAUCAUUCUUGGACGACUUGUUCUCUGCCUUCAAGGCCGAGGUAAUAGGCAUGGACAGCUUCUUAAAGGAGAGCUUCGGGGCUUGUUCCAACUUCAAAGAGCUCGCCCAGAAAUAUCGCCGUUCGAGGGACCAGGUUGGCCUGGUCCACGCCAUGCUUCUCUACACUGUGAGAGCCGUCCUAUUAUUGGAGACUACGAACCGUGAGCCAGUGUUGCUCCAUCCAGGUGAGAACGGCAGGCCCGACACGCACUUGGUCGGCAUAUCUGCUGGUCUAUGGAACGCUGUUGCCGUGCCAAUCUCGAAGAACUUCAACACUCUGUACGAUUCCUCCAUCGAAGCCGGUCGGGUCUGGGUUCGACUCUGCAGCGUCAUAUUUUCGCGGUCAAGAGCUAGGGAGGACCGCCCAGGAGUCUGGGGCCGGGCUGUCUUGGGUAUCGCUCCAGAUGAGCUUGAAAUUACACUUGAGAAAUUUCAACAUGGCAUGGGCGUCCCCUCUUCCAAAAGAGCCAAGAUUGGCUUUACAGGAGACCGUUGGAACACCAUCAUAGGACCACCUUCCGUCUUAGAGCUCAUUUUUACCCAGUGCCCCGAGUUGAAGAAGCGCCCCAAUAAUGAGCUGCCCGGUAUUCGCGGUUUGCAGCACACACUUGACGUUUCCGCGGCCGACAUGGAUUAUGUCGUUGGGAAUUCCACUCUCUUAGGAAUGCAACUUCGCCCUGAACUAAAAGUCUGGGGCAUUACCGGUGACGACGCAAACACAUCUUACUCCAGCUGGGGUGAUCUACUGAGGGCUGCGGCGUUACAGACCCUAUCACAACGCUUGGACCUUGUGAAGAUCGUGAGCAAUCUCAACGCCUGCCUCGGGACAUCGUAUAAACAUGUCGGCGUCAAGAUGAUGGGCCCCAGUUGCCAUGCGGCAUAUAUUCUUGGUGUACUCAAAGCAACAAGACAGGUGUCGGUUGACGAUGACCUGCAGUCGUCGUCAAGUAAAGGUGAGAGUGUUCGAGAGGGCGCUAUUGCUAUCGUCGGAAUGUCUGGCAAAGGACCUGGCAGCGAGGACCUGGACGAGUUUUGGAACGUCAUCGCGACAGGUCAAGACUGCCACCAAGAGAUCCCCGCCGACCGGAUGGACGUGGAUGAGUACUUCUGUACCAAGCACAGCCCGGGCAAAUGCACCAUGACAUGUAAACAUGGGUGUUUUAUGAAGCAUCCCGGCCACUUCGAUGCCAAAUUCUUCCACAUCUCGCCGCGGGAGGCCCUGCUGAUGGAACCGGUACACCGACACUUCCUUAUGAGCGCGUACGAGGCCCUCGAAAUGGCCGGCUACUCGGCGGGCCAGACAAGAACAACGGACCCCAACAAGACGGCCGUCUUCUUCGCACAGAGUUUCGACGACUGGCUUAAGGUCAGCCACCACGCGUUGGGGUGCGAUGCUUACACGCUUCAGGGCGUCCAACGCGCCUUUGGCCCGGGCCGGCUGGCCUUCCAGAUGAAGUGGGAGGGGCCAACCUACGCGCUGGACUCGGCCUGCGCGGGCUCCACGUCAGCGAUCCACCUCGCCUGCAUGAGUCUGUUAUCAAAGGAUGUCGAUAUGGCCGUUGCGGGCGCCACCACCAUCUUGUCUGACCCGCAUUCAUUCACAUUUCUGAGCAAGGCCGGUGUGUUAUCCGAAACAGGCAACUGUAAGACGUACCGUGAUGACGCCGACGGGUACUGCCGCGCCGACUUUAGCGGCGCCCUCAUCCUGAAGCGUCUCGAGGAUGCCGUCGCCCACAACGACAAUAUCCUUGCGGUCAUUGCCUCGUCAGCCAGAAAUCACUCUGGCAACGCGACGUCUAUCACAACGUCCGACGCAAAUGCCCAGGAGAGUCUCUUUAAAAAGGUCCUCCGGAAUGCGAGACUUGACCCUGAUGAUGUCUCAUAUAUUGAGAUGCACGGAACGGGGACCCAGGUUGGAGACAAGGCAGAAAUGGGUGCGGUUUCAAAGGUCUUUUUGCCGAGACCGGCUGGGAAUCCUUUGCCGGUGGGAGCAAUCAAAGCAAAUAUUGGCCACAGCGAAGCGGCUGCUGGACUUUCCUCGCUGCUGAAAAGCGUUCUCAUGCUUCAAAAGGGCAUCAUCCCUCCUCAGGCCGGCAUGCCACACGCCAUGAACCCAAACGUACUGGAGAUUCUGGGGAAAGAGAGCAGCGUUGUGAUUGCCACCAGGCCAACUGAGUUUAAAUCACUGGAUGAUAAGCCGAAACGCAUUCUUAUUAAUAACUUCGACGCAGCGGGAGGUAAUGCAAGUGUUCUCAUUGAAGAGUAUAAGAAAGAUCCGGCCAGGCUCGCUAGACAAAGGGAACUUGACAUCCGAUCAAGCCACGUUAUCACAAGCUCAGCCAGGACACCCUCAUCGCACCUCGCCAACAUGCGUCGACUCGCCGCGUGGCUUCACGCAAAUCCCAACGCUCGGAUCCAGGACGUAGCUUACUCGACGACAGCCCGGAAAGUACAUCACCCGAUCAGGUUUGCGCUCGCUGCUACUACGCUACAAGAGGGCAUUUCCAAGCUUGAGGCUGAGAUCCAGCGCGCCAGCUCGACCAAAAAAGCAGUGCCUCCUCCCGUUGUCUUCGCCUUCACUGGCCAGGGCUCCCAUUACGCGGGCAUGGGCAGCGAGCUGUAUCGGACAAGCCCCGUCUUCCGCAAGACGGCCGACCUGUGCGCAGCCAUCUGCGCUUCACACCAGUUCCCGCCAUUUUUGGAUAUCAUCACCACCGACUCCGUCGAAGUGUCCACCAAGAAUGCCGCGCAAGUCCAACUUGCCGUCGCCACGCUAGAGAUUGCUCUCACGGCGUUCUGGCGAUCGACGGGUAUUGAAGCUGCCAUGGUCAUUGGCCACAGUCUGGGCGAGUAUGCCGCGUUGCACGCGGCCGGGGUCCUCUCGCUGACGGACACGCUGUACCUCGUUGGCCAGCGUGCCCUUCUGCUCCUGGAGCGAUGCGAGCCCAACUCAUGUGCCAUGCUCUCGGUGUCGGCGUCCGCGGCGAUGGUGCGAGAUCAUCUCGCCCGUCUUAAGGACUCAUCCUGUGGAGUGGCAUGUAUAAAUAGCCCCAGCGCCACGGUCAUCAGCGGGACGGCCGAGGACCUGGCACAUAUCCAAACAAACAUAACCACCCAGGACGCUAGUACGCGCACCAAGAUACUCUCUAUGCCAUUUGCGUUCCACUCCUUCCAGAUGGACACCAUCUUGCCGGACUACAAGGCCAUUGCGAGCGGCGUGACUUAUCUACCACCUAAGAUCCCAGUGGCGUCAACACUGCUUGCGUCCGUGGUCGAUAUACCGGGCGUCUUUGACGAGGACUACCUGGUGCGACAGACGCGGCAGGCUGUCGACUUCUACGGUGGCCUCAAUGCCGUCAAGGCCGCAUUUAAGAGCGAUGACCCUUUCUGGCUCGAGAUCGGCCCUGGCCCGGUAUGCAGCUCGUUUGUACGGGCCACACUCUCGCCGCCAGCCGCCAGGAUUAACUACACGAUUGAUGCAAACAACAGCAACUGGGUGGCUGUUUCCAAGUCCCUGGUGGCGGCCUACAUGAGCGGUGUUGACGUGGACUGGCUCGCACUGCAUGCGCCGUACGAGAGCAGCCUCGAGUUGUUGGCACUCCCGACCUAUGCGUGGGACGUGAAGGACUACUGGAUCACGCAUACCGACAAGAACAGCGGCUCGCUAGUUCCUGCUGCUGCUGCUGCUGCAAAGACGGUUGCGUCCGAACCUUUCCUUACCACGACGGCGCAGUACCUCGUUCACAAGGCCCUGACACCUGAGGGCCAGGUUCAAAUCACUUUCCGAGCCGGCAUUUCCGAUCACGGCUUCCUGGGCGUGAUUGAUGGCCACAAGAUGCAGCAGAUCGGGCUUGCUUCGGGGACUGUCUUCUGCGACGCCGCUGCGACAGUGGCCAAGUAUGCGCUCGAACACAGCGGUGGCAAGAGGGAUGUGACAGCCUGCCAUCUUACCUUCCACGACCCCAAGCUGCUCGCCCCGCUAACUCGGGAUCUUGUCGGCGUUGAUGGCGAGUUGCUGACCACAGCCACAAUGGAAAGCGCGUCUGCCAACGUCGUCCUGGCCACUUUCAAGGCCACUUCUAAGAGCGGCGAAUCCUACGAUCUCGGCUCGGUGACAGUCAAAUAUCGCAGCCCAGAUAAGGCCCAGGCCGACUUGGACCGGGUGUCUUUCUUCAUCAAAGCCAAGAUGGACGAUCGGAUCCGGCUUUCCAAGGAGGGCUCAGGUCAUCGGAUGCUGCCCGACGUCUUCUUCGCGCUCUUCGCCAAUGCAGUUGAGUUCUCGCCCGACUUCCGUGGUGUCCAGGAGGCCUACGUAGCCGGCGACUACCAAGAAGCCGCCGCGACCAUCAAAAUCCGACCUGAUCCGGCGGGCACGCGAUACACCGCGUCGCCAUACUGGGGCGAGGCCCUGCUGCACCUGGCGGGCUUCAUGGUGAACGGAAACCCGAACACGCCGUCGCAGUUGACUUAUGCCCUCAUGGGCUACGACAUCAUCGAGCAACUGGCCCCUAUCGAGCCUAACAAGGAGUACAUGACGUACACGCGCAUCUCACGAUGGGAAGGCACCACGGCCUUCUGCACCGCCUAUGUCUUCGACCCGCUGACUUGGACAAUCGUUAUGCAGGCCGUUGACCUGCGCUACCAGCAGUUUAAGAGGGCCACCUGGCGCCAUAUUCUUGGCAUGAGGCCACACCCUAUUGGUGCUGCAGGACACCAAGGUCCGAUUUCCAAGUCAGCUUCCUUGCCCAGUGCCAAGGAAACCAAGAUGAUCCAUGAGAAUCUGCCUGCUGCUAUGCCUACGGUGCCGAUAAAACAAGAGCGGACGAACAAAACUCAGGACGACAAGAAAGAUGAGAUUGCAAAUACGGGAGAAUUCCAGGUUAUUCUAGAUAGCCUCAUCGCUGCAACCGGCAGUGACCCUUCCGAGUUCACAGAUGAAACGGAGAUAGCCGAUGUUGGCGUCGAUUCAAUCAUGGCCAUAGAGGUGGUUGCCGUUGUCAACGAGAAGGGCAUCAACCUUCCCGCCUCCUUUGUCUUUGAUUAUGUCACAAUAGGCGAUCUCCGUCGCGCGUUUGGUAGUGGAGGGCAGGGAAGCGCGGAUAGCAACGAUACCAGUGCGACGCCUUCCAGCGACGAUGAAGAUGCUCUGUCUUCUCCGACUCCAGACGACCGCUUCACCCCCAUCUCUCCGGCGUUAAGCCUGGCCAAUGUCGAGAAGGAGGACCCGCCGACUCUAGCACCGGGGCUUAUGAACAACGACACGUCGCCACCUCCCAGCGUCAGGAUCACACUGCUGCAGGGCCGCCCUAAGGCCGGUGAUACUCCGCUGUACUUAAUGCCCGAUGGUACCGGUAGCGUGGCGUCGUUUAUCCACCUGCGGCCUUUCAAGUCCAACCAGGUUGUCUACGGCAUCGACUCACCAUACCUCCGCUGUCCCUCGCGUAUGAACAGCGAAGUCGGUAUUGAGGGCGUAGCUAGGCUAGUAGUCGACGCGCUGUUCAAGGCACACCCCACUGGUCCCUUCAUGAUCGGAGGCUAUUCUGUCGGUUGCUUCGUCGCCUUCGAGAUGUCACGUCAGCUGGCCCGCGCCGGGCGCACGGUCAAGGGACUCCUUCUAAUCGACAUGCCCUGCCCCCGGUCGCGAAUAAUGGAACGGGACAAUCUGCUCGCCGAGGCCGAUACCAGCGAGGCAGUCUUAGAGGAAAUUGUCAAUCGGGACGGACAGUGGAGUGCGCUCGAAUCUAGCCGCAACCACAUGCGUCAGUUCUUCCUCGCCAUGAAUGAGUACACGCCAGCACCAAUGACGGCAGCCGAGAAGCCCGCUAAGACUGCUAUCAUCUGGGCGGAGCGUGGUUUGGUCAACCGCGUAUCGGAUGACCCUACCCGCAUGCAGAAGCUGGAGGGCCAGGGCGUGCCUACCAAGUCGUAUCCGGGCUUCAUGGAAGAUCCUAAACUCAGUACUUUUGCAUGCAAUGUCCCGGACAAAGGCGAAGAGAGCCUGCGUUCCAAUGGGUGGGAAAGGUUCACCAGCGGGGAGGUCAUGGUCCUUUCUGUCAAUGGUGAUCAUUUUGAACUGCCCAUGCCAAGCCACGUCCGGCUUCUCCAAGCUGAGAUGGAAAAUGCCUUGGCCUAUUUCUCGUCGGAUCGGCAAGUGUAA